AUGGUUACCUUCGUGUUUCAAGUUACAGUGUUUGGACCUCUACUAUCUCUGGUGGCUGCUACAAAUGAUACAGUGUCUCUGAUAGCUGCUACAAAUGAUACAGUGUCUCUGAUGGCUGCUACAAAUGAUACAGUGUCCGUACAAAGUGUGCCGUCGUCCUCGAGCGUCAGUACAAAUGCAAAGCAUGGUGUCAGUGAUGAAGAUCGAAUGCAAUACUUUCAUUUUACGAAUAGUUUGGACGCCAUUCUUGAUCAAGUAUGGCAUGAGACUGAGUUACAGCCUCAAAAAGUUUAUGACGACAUUCUCAGCAACAGAGAGGGGGAGAAUAUCCUUGAAAGUACGGAAUUGAAGACUUUAGCUGAUAAGAUGGAAAGUUACCAUCUCUUGAAUCUAGAUUCCAACUUUCAAGUAGCUCGGAUGAUACAACAGUCUCAUGGAGAUGGUGAAUUAUCACGUUUAGUUGGUCAAAACCUACUACCAAAGCAUGGAGACAAAGUGACUCAGAUGACGAAUGUGGCUUCUAGCAAUGCAAAGAGAUUUGAACGUGGUUUGUAUUUUCAUUGGCUCAAGAAUGGUGACAACGUGGAUAGAGUAGUGAAUCGAUUCAUUGAAUCGCAUUACUUGCCACUAGACGAUUUGGAAAAAUCGGCUAAGUUCUUGUUUGACGAGAAUGUGUAUCAGGUUUUGAUCAACUUUGGUGCACUGCAAAUGAAUGAUGUAUAUCGUUUGGAAUCGGAAAGGGAAGUGGUUCUCGCUUUAGUUAAGCGCUUUGGUCUUUCCAAAACGGCUCAGAUGAUUGAGAUAGCAAAGACUCAAGACUCGGCAAUCAGAAAUAUGGAUGUCUUGUUUGUACUAUUGGGAUUUAGCGAAGUGCAGCUAGCAGGAGUUUUGCGACAGUUUCUACUCGACACGCCUGUGAACGCUAAAGUCACAAUUUUCGAAAUGCCACAAAUGUUUUUCUUGGAAAAUUACGUACACUUUAUUGCGACGAGGACAUUGCAAGACAGUGACAAACUUCUCAUUAAUGCCUUGGCUCGUUGUUACGGGAGAUCGGAUGCUGCUCGAUACGUUCAGAAAGCGAUCAAUGAUGCUGUGGGAAAUUUGAUCGUGGCUCGUUAUCUCAAUGUAUUGAAUAUUGCUCCGAAAGAGAACAAUCUCGCAUCGUUGACAGCUUUGCGACUUUCGAUCUUUCAACAUUGGUCGGAUCACGAAAGAUUUGAAUCAAUGACGAAUUUGCUUCAUAAAGAUCGACCGAGUGUUGUGAAUAUCAAACCGAUAGUUGGAUAUGGUUUUAAACCGGAUACGGCUGCUUUUUUAGACAAACAAUUGAAAGAGGCGUUCGAUGCUGCUUUACUAUUGAAGCUGUUGAAAUAA